UUGACCAUCGCGGUCUGCACGACGUCGAGCACAGCGACCACGUCUUCGAGGCCAGCGCUUCUCAUAGCGUUUGGGAAGAGGCCCCUGUCACUUUGCACACCACUCCCGGCCUAGUCCCAACCCGAGCGGCUUAUUCGUGGCGCGUUGUAGCUCACGGACGAGGUUAAUGACGGACUAUAAUGUCACUCGUUCCGUUGAGGGGCUUCUGGCACAACACGAGUCAUCACCUCCGUCCUUCACCGUGCAUCUAUAUCCCGAACACUGGACGUUGAAUAAUGGCUCCAAGUUCUUGUACAAUAACCAAGUCGCGUCGCUGCUGGACGAUAUACGCGCGCAGCGGAUACCUGCAGACUUCCUUGAGCUCUUUGACUCCGCCAACCUGCCGUUCUACGAAGGCUGCAUGAUCGUCGAGCUCCUUGACUAUAGACCUCAGAAAGUAAAGGAUCCGAUACUUGUGAACCCCGAGCGGUCUCGUGCAGUACUGAUGCCAAAUCCCGAAACCCUGUGGGCCGAUAUAUGCUUGUUGAACCAGAAGGCAGGGAGUAUGUGGACGGAUCAGGAAUCUCUCAAGGUGGAGGCGCAGAUACUAGUUGCUACUGCUCCACCGCUAUGUCUGGACCCUGACCCGCAUCUCGCACGGAUGGCGAGCCAUGUUCUAAGAGUGUCGGUUCCCAAAACGCCUCCAUCACUCAAGCGUAAGGCCGCUGCUAUGGAACAUGAGGAAGAGGAGAGUGAUAAGGCCCGCCGGGUCAAGAUCUCGCAAUAUUUGAACCCGCGUCAUAAUAGGUCUACUCCAUCAAAUUACCACAUUCUGGAAAUUCAGCAGAAGACGAAGGAAAGCAAGCCGAAUGUUCCUCCAGCACAACCAGAACCUAUCCUACCUGCGCAGCUAACUGCACCACCAGCCAACCCCGAUGAUGCAGGGAACUAUGGUAUCAACCCGACCUCGCUGAUCAAAGCAAAUCCAUCCCCUCUACCACUACCGCAAUCAACCACGCAUCUACCCAGUAUCAUGCCUGCGCCAUCUAUUCCAGCGCCGCCCACUGGCGCGGCGCUCUCAGUUCCCAGUGGACAGCCCGUAAAGACCGUCAGACAAUCACCUCGCCCGCCAUCCACCGUACCGCAGUCUGCAAUACCACCACAUAUGCAAAUGUACCCCAUCGCCCGAAAUACGCCACCACCCCCGCAGCUUUCCCAGACACCUAUGCCACGACCUCCAUCUUCUGUGUCCAUCGCCCCACAAGCUAGUCCUGUCAUGCGGUCGUCAUCAGUACAGCAGCCGUUGCAGCACACGAAUCAACAGAUCCAGCAGCAUCCGCCUGGUUCGCAAAUGCAGUCGCCUGCCAUGCAACCGGCCCAACAGAUCCCUACUGCUCCUCAAACACAGCCGCCCGCGCAGCCAACGAUGCCAAAUAUGCCGAAUAUCCAGCUGCCCACAACUCCUCAGACUAUGGCCAUGUGGCUCGCUAGAUUGCAGAACAAGCCUGAGAUUGCUGCAAGCCUUCAGCGACAACUAAGCGGUAUGACCCAAGAGCAGCAGCAGAAAUGGUUAGCCCAACAGCAGGCCAGGAUGUUCAUGCUCGCACAACAGCAAGCUCGGCUAAACGCAAACGGCCCCGCGACCCCUGCCCAGAGCGCCUCGCCACGUCCGCCAACGGCCAUUGCUGGGAAUCAGGGUAUGCAGCAGCAACCCCAGCAACCCCAGCAACCAACCCAUUCCCACCCGCAGCAACCGCAACAGCACCAGCCGCAACAGCACCAGCCUCAGCAGCACCAGCCCCAGCAGCAGGUGCCCCAGCAAAGCAGUCCGAUGCAUGUCAACCAACCGUUGGCGCGAUCGCCGAUGCCGAACAACGCGCAGGUGCAGCAGAUGCCGCUUCAGCAAGCACAAGCGUAUAGCCAGUAUGCGACGAUGGCGCAGGCACAGAAUCACCAGUUCAACCCGGCGCUACACCGUCCAGCCAUGGCGUCACACACGCAGCUGAUGCCACACAUCGCGAACGUGAACGCACAGGCGGGCGGAAUGCUGCCACAGCAGCAGGGCCAGGACCAGGCUGCCGCUGCCGCUGCCGCACAGGCCCAGGCCCAGGCAAUGAUGCAGGGGCACUACCCAAUGUACAACUACCCACAGAUGGGGAUGAACAUGCAGCAGGCGGCCGCGGCGGGGCGCAUGCCGCAGUACUGGCCGGCGAUGGGCAUCGGACGUGGGAUGCCGCCUGGCAUGCUGCAGCCGCACGCGCAGCAGAUGCAGAUGGGCAACGCGAAGGGGACAUGAGAUAUAGGCCGACGGGGUGUGUAUGUCGCUUGUAUCGUAGUUUAUUGUUGUAUUAUUCAGGUACUCUAGUCUCAUUUAUCGUACUCGCACAUGUAAUGUCUCUCUCACCUGUAAUAUCUCCCUUAUUCUCCCCAAGAUUGCUUAUUGCAUUGCAUCCACGUGUGCGUGCGAUGUGCUUGAGCCGGUGAAGCUCGGAUGUCGUGUUUCUGGGCUUCGCACUUGUCAUAGUUCCAUCUGAGCGGAUGUGAAGACCCUUGCAAUGCUCUGCGUUGCCGGGCUUCGGACUGCGUGUCGUUGCAGGCGCCCGCACUCUCUAUGAGCUUGCGGCUGGUUCUGCGAAGGAAAGAGGCUUGAGUGAAUUCUCACGACUCUACGCCACAUCGUCCCACAGACGACGAGCGAGCGGGAAGCGCACCUUCGACCACUAGCUGAGAUCCAGCGGACUGUGCAGCGACAGUAAGCUAGCUCGAUUACAGUGGCACUAAACUAGGGGGGUAUCGUUUGGCGACUGAUUGUCCGAACUCAAAGCUCAAGGUCGAAAUCGGCAAGUCGAGUGGGUGAUCCAGGCAGUAUGGGCAGCUGAGCGAGAGUCUAGAGAAUUGGGGCGUAAAGAGUGCCUAGACUGAACCAGAGACAGAGAUUUUGUUGGCUGACCAUAAAAUAAGAUGUACGACUUUUGCAAAUGGUACUUUGCCGUGAGUUGCGACAUCGCUGCGGGCCUGGGAACCGUUCCGACGACGCUGGUGUAACUGUUGCCUUCUUCGACUCAGACCGCAGGC